AUGGUACAGAGGAAUAAAAGCCACCCACUGACCCAUAUAGCCAGUAACACCCUUACAACACUUUAGUCAGAGUAAUCUUUCGAACAAACGCGGCUUGUAAAUUAUGAAUGGGCAUGUUGCCCUCACAAAAUAUGGCUUCAAGCAAGUUUAGCUACGUAGCACACGUUCCUGAACGGAGCAGUUCAUUGCUAAAUGCUCUCCCGUCAACAAGUGUCUGAAACAUUGGUUCCGGAGCAGUCACAGGACGAGGAAUGAGUUCCAGGACGGACAAUGUAAGGAUGGCCGGUAAAAGAUGUGAGUGCUGAGCUGUCAUUGAGAGAGAUUGAAUUUUGCAUCAGUGCAAGUAAGCCAAAGAAAGAAAAGAAAAUGACGCUUGCUCACAAGGAUAGCAGGCAGCGCCGGCAACACUAUCAGUAUCCCAGUUCAAACAGUAAUGACCAAAACUAUCCAGAAGGAAUGGAGGAAGGAGACAGAGAAGCAUUGAUUCAAGAAUCGGAAGUGCCUGCACGUAUAGGACUUACAAGUGUCAGAGGAGAGCUGGGAAAUAUUCUUUUGCUGCUCUUCUUGUACGUUUUGCAGGGAAUUCCUCUGGGACUUGCAGGAAGUAUUCCUUUAAUCCUCCAGAGUAAAAACGUUAGUUAUACAGACCAAGCCAUUUUCAGCUUUGUCUUCUGGCCAUUCAGCUUGAAGUUGCUCUGGGCACCAUUAGUAGACUCUCUUUAUAUUAAAAGGUUUGGUCGACGGAAAUCUUGGCUGGUCCCUACGCAGUACUUGCUAGGACUGUUUAUGAUGUUCCUGUCAUAUACAGUGGAUGAUCUCCUCGGAGGUGAUCAUGGACCUGACAUGUUUGCUUUAACUGCUACUUUCUUCCUGUUUGAGUUUUUGGCUGCCACGCAGGAUAUUGCUGUGGAUGGCUGGGCUCUCACUAUGCUUUCCAGAGAAAAUGUGGGGUAUGCGUCCACAUGCAAUUCCGUGGGGCAAACGGCUGGAUACUUCAUGGGUAACGUCUUGUUUCUUGCGCUCGAAUCUAAAGACUUCUGCAACAAGUACUUGAGGUCUACACCGCAGCCUAAAGGAAUGGUUACACUUUCAGACUUCUUGUUCUUCUGGGGAACAGUAUUUUUCGUUACCACAACUUUAGUGGCUCUUAUGAAAAAGGAAAACUCUGCAGGAAGAGCUAAUAGGGAAGAGACAGAGAGCGUGACAGAAGCGUACGGUCUGCUGGCCAAUAUAAUCAAGAUGCCUGCCGUCCUUAAAUUUUGCCUCAUGAUUCUGACAGCAAAGAUUGGAUUUUCAGCUGCUGAUGCAGUUACGGGUCUUAAGCUUGUAGAAAGAGGAGUUCCAAAAGAACAUUUGGCUCUUUUGGCUGUUCCAAUGGUUCCACUGCAAAUAUUACUGCCCUUACUAAUCAGCAGGUACACUGCUGGACCCAAACCGUUAGAUGUCUUCCACAAAGCCAUGCCAUUCAGGUUGCUUAUGGGCCUACUAUUUGCCUUUUUAGUUUGGUGGACGCCACACGUAAGCCAUGAAGGAGGCUUCCCUAUUUACUACUAUGCUGCUAUUCUGUUGAGCUAUGCCUUACAUCAGGUUUCAUUAUAUAGUAUGUUUGUGGCAAUCAUGGCUUUUAAUGCCAAAGUGAGCGAUCCUCUCAUUGGAGGAACUUAUAUGACCCUGCUAAACACAGUGUCCAAUCUUGGAGGCAAUUGGCCUGCUACCGUAGCACUUUGGUUUGUGGAUCAUCUGACAAGUAAAGAGUGUGUUGGAGCAGUAGGAGAGAGCUGUGCUGAUCAUGAUGCUGCUGAGCUGUGCGUAAAACUUGGUGGCACAUGUGUGACAACACUAGAUGGUUAUUAUGUGGAGUCUGUUAUAUGUGUGGUCAUUGGAUUUUGCUGGUGGAUCUUUCUGGGACCCUCAUUUAAAAAACUGCAGGACGAAAGGCAAUCUUCGUGGAGGUGCCAGCGGAGGAGCAUUUAUUAUUAAAACUGGAAGAAAGAACUGAAUAACUGAAAUCAAUUCUACCCAAGAACAGUGCUACAAUCAACUUUUAUAGAAAACAAUAUAAAUCCUUGCUAUACUGUUUAUGGCAGCUUAGAAAGUUCUCAGCCACAGCUACAUGGGUUGUCUGCAAUGUGUUAUCCAUUAGAAAAGUACAAGUAAGCCAGAAAAAUAGCUUUUUUAGAGUCAUUGAAACAGUGGCCAUGCUGUUAAGUGACUAAAGUGUUAAAAUCAACACUUGAGUAAUAAUGUUCCAUUGUAAACAAAGAGGUUUGUUACAUGGGUCGGUUAACCCCUUCUUUUUUAGUGUGUCUCCUAAUUGUAAGCACGUACCUAGAGAAGAAGGUACACUUGGAGGCCUAAUUAUAAUUAAGGCUGAACUUCAGGAAUUCAGCCACUUUGUAAAAUGUACUGGAUUACGUCUAACGAGGAGCAAGCCGCCUCAUGCACUUAUCCCUUUUAAUUUACAAUUUAGAUUUUUACUGAGCGCCAGGGUUAUAGCUAUCACUAAACUACCAAUGCUGGACCUUCUGGUCUCAGCUCCUGAAGUCAUAUGCAGCUGCUGUGCCCACCCCCCCUAUCCUUCUGCCCAAUCAGAGUGCUUUGUAUAAUGUGAAUGCACUGACAAAAUAAAAAAACCUUCUGUGAAUGGAAGGCAUAGGGGAGGGCAGGCAGUGCUGCUGCUGUAUGAGAAAGCCGCAUCUAUCCUGUCAGAACGCCAGGAGCGUAGUGAUAGCUUUACUUCCAGCACUCAGCAAAAUUGUUAGUUUUGAAAAGAAGUCCACAAGGUGGGUUGCACCUCAUUGGACUUCAGAGGUAACCCAGCACAUUUUAGGAAGUGACUGAAAUUUUAGAGUUCAGCUUAUUUAUUUACUGCAUGCAUAGUGCAGUACAGAACCUUCAAUGUCCUGAAGUUGUCCUCUUGUUACCUCUCUCAUAAGUCCUACAACUCCCUCAUUCUCUUCCAGAUUAGGGAUGGAGGUAGAUUUAUACAUGCACUUAAUUUAAAGUUCGAUUUACCCCCCUCUUUCGUUCUGAUCUUCAAUGUCCUGCAGUUGUCCUCUGCUUAACACUGCAAAGAACAUACCGUACACUGAUAGAAGAAGAGUGCUCCAAUGCAAAAAUAAACAAAUGCUCCUGCGCUCAAAAGAUUGCUGUGCUGCCACUCUCAACAAGUCAGGGCGAACCCAGGAAUAACUCUAAAAGAAAACAAGGACAGAGGGCACACCAGCCUUGCGCAUUACAUUUGCAACACAAUGUAUUAAAAGUAAAAUGGUGUACUUACAAACGAGUGAUAAAAUCAUACAGUUAUUGCAAAGUCCUUCAUUGGCCUCAUCCAGCAAGAUCUUCUGCCCAGUAGACUUGGGUGGGAUGAAAAAGUCCAAAGUAGGCUUACUAGUGUUGGAAAGGUAAUGCGCAAGGCUGGUCCGCCCUCUGUUCUUGUUUUCUUUUUUGAGAAGAGUGCUGUCGGAUGACCUUGAGCACUCUUUCUUAUUCAUUAUAAUUUAUGGCAUUCUGUUUGCUUUAAACUUCCAAAGCGAGCAUAGCGCUGAUCACAUUUAUAAAGUAGAGGUUUAUAAUUGUGCCAAAGGUACUUUAUUAUAAAGGCACUGUUCUGGCUGCUCUAUAAAUGAGCCCUGAAAAGCUCAUUCACACUUCGUUCUGGUACGUUGUAUUAACUCAUGCAUGUUAACAUGUGGUGCUUUAACUCUGCACACCAGAAUGUAGCAGAAAACCAACCUGACUCGUUUUUCGCAACACUGUGCAGCCCAAAGCCUGGUAGUGCAUUUCACAUAGAUGCCCAGUCUGGACCUGUCUGUCAGUUCUUCAGAUAGAUCCAGACUGAAUCAUAAUGUACUGUAUGUCUAUGGGUGUGCGAAUGUAAAUGGACUUAUGAAAAAAAAAAAAAAACAGAAAAGGUCUGCAUCUUUUACUGUUUUUGUGGACAUAAGCGGAUGUCGUCCUUUUUAGGUCUCUUGCGUUAGUCUGUUUAUAUGCAAGAAACAGAUUUCUUGUUUAUACUCUUAUCAUUUAUGAUAAGUUACUUCAACAACAGUAAAUGCAUGGCCCCAUGGUCAUUUAGCCCUGGUGCAUGAAGCUGUGACAUUUGGCUGAAGGCAGGGAGGGCACAGGUGGUCCUAUCCAGCUCCUCUGCCAUUAGCCUGUUAAACUCAAUGAGAGGCUGACAGCUGCUGCACCUGAAUGGGGGAACCUAGUGGUACAAUUAUUUAGAGCAGUUUGCGUCCACAUGAAUGCCUGGAAUGCAAGAAGUUUACACUCUGAGCAUUUGCCACUGGGUGUAUACAGCCCUACAAAAAAUUGUACCACAAGGUGCCUUAUCCAGCUGCAGCAGCUGUCAGCCUCUCAUACAGUUUCAUAGGCUGCCAGCAGUGUGACUGGACAGGACACCUGUGCCUUUCACCCCCCAGCUAAACCCCCAGAGCCCUAUGCACUGGGUUUAAACUCCCAGGAUGCAAAAACGGAUGUAUAAUGAAUCAGUAUUCUUAGUAAAAAAAUGUGACUAAACUAAUAAUGCCUGUGUGAAAGGAACCUUAUGCCCCUUUCAUGCAGACUUUCCCCUCAGGUCCGCCUGUCAUUCUUUUUAGGCAGAUCUGAUCAGAAGCUUCUUGCAGGUCUACGUACAGGCAGAUGUAAAUGGACUUGCAUCCGUUACAUUCACCUACCUCCAAGUCCAGGGAAAAAAAAAAACGAAAAGGACUAUAUCCUUUUUUCUGAACCCAAUUAGAGGUAGCCUGAAAGAAGUCUGUUAACAUCGGUAAACCCAUAGAACCAACGUGGGUCCGCCACAGUCCACUGUCAUGAUUCCAACCAAAA